AACUGUGCCUGGUUCCCCUCGGAUAGUGAACGAGUUGGAUGUUAUGCGUGCGCUGUAAUGGAAACCUAUUUGCUGCUCAUUAUUGUAGCCGACCUGCUUUUUAGAAUAGACGCAGGUUGUACAGUUGGACCCAUCGUUUCAGAGAAGACCACCAACGUCGAUAACAAUUACGAAACCCAGUACAUAGUGACGUCAUCCAACCUGAGGUCAUCAUGCUGUGGAGUUUUAUCCGAGGUUCAGAUCUACCCAAAGAGAACAGGCCACAUACAAUUCCAGAUAUGGCGCCCUCUAGCGGCGAGCCAGUACAUGUUAGUUGGAGAGUUCCGGUACUUAGUAUCUUCCAUCAAUGUUAACGAAACUGUGGUGAUAUCUGAAGAAAUAUCUGUCCAAUCAGGAGACAUUAUUGGCUGGUAUAGUGAGGCAAUCGACAUAAUUCCUUACACAACCGGAAGUAAUGAAGAAGAUGGUACAUUUGUUCUCCCCUGGUCCGUUGAUCACGUGGUUGGAUUUAAUUACACCGUAAACGUGGUCUCUACGGACGAUCGGACGUACGCCAUCCAGUAUACUGUUACGGACGGAGCCGCACCCAUAUUAACCAACUUACCUGCUAGUGUUGAUGUGUACGACCACACAACUAUCGGGUCGUCCAUAUUUAACGUCGCCUUCAAUGAUAGUAAUACCGCAGAGUUAUCUUCUCUUGUGUUGUCUGUUUCCUUCUACGAGCCGUACAGUGGCGCUCCAGCUAUCGUCAUCGAUCUGAAGUCAGGUCAGGUGACCACAGCCACACAGUUGCCUGUCGGUACUGUGACCUUAACACUGACACUUACAGACGUAUGUGGGCUUUCUGAUAGUCAAACACUGACAGUUAAUAUCAUCAACCAGCCACCAGUCAUCAGUAACCUUCCGGCAGCUGUAGAUUUGUCAGAGACCGUAACUGUGGAAACACUUUUAUACACACUGUCCGCUUCUGACCCCUCGGGUGACCUUAUGACUUGCACGAUGGCGUCUUCAGCCCCGGCAGAAGCUCCAUUCAUCGUACAACUCGUCCCGGGAACAACAGACUACGGGGUGUACAGCAGUCUGAUGCCAAACCUUGACCACUCGACUAUCAGUCAAUACGUUCUGACCAUUAACUGUACAGACACCAAGGACACUGCAUCCGGACAAUUCAAGGUCAACAUCCUGCCAAACACCGUGCCUGUAUUCCUCAAUAUCCCAGCGUCUGUUACCAUAGCGACAACAACACCGAUCGGUACAGUGGUCUACACAGUUUUGGCAGCAGACAAUGAGACGAGUGACCUCGAGUUUUGGAUCCACAGGUUGCUCAAAUUGUUUGUUUACAAUGGCGGAUACUGGACAAGUGAUUCUGACAACUUCUAUCCUUACCACCACCAGAACUGUUUAUGACAUAAAUAUCAGAGUGUCAGACAACUCAUUGACAGCGGUGUCUACAGAACUAAGCAUCAUUAUUUCGGGAGUAAAUAACCAGCCAACGGUUAAUAAUUUGCCUCUGACGUUGAAUAUUCUUGAAUCCGUCGCCAUAGGAACGGUGGUUUUCACAUUAGACGUGACGGAGCAUGACGCAGA